CAUUUUUCCUCUCCUCUUUCUAGCUCAGGCUGGAAUUUGCAGUUCAGUAGGUCUCGCCUAACUCUCAGUGCCUUCGGGCCCUUGCCACCAUGUCUCUCCGUCCGAGUGCUCGCACGGAGGCGAGAAAGUCUGCUUACAAGCAAGCUGUUAACGCCGAUGAGGCUCGCAGGCGUCGCGAGGACAAUAUGGUUGAGAUCCGUAAGAGCAAGAGAGAGGAGAGCCUCCUCAAGAAGCGCAAGGAAGGAAUGCAGGCUCAAGUAGAGCUGCCUAAAAUCCCCGUGGCAACUGUCGAGAAGAAGUUGGAGAGCCUUCCGGCUAUGGUACAAGGCGUGUGGUCAGAAGAUCCGCCGGCUCAGCUUGAGGCAACGACGCAGUUUAGGAAGCUUCUUUCGAUCGAACGUAGUCCUCCAAUCGAAGAGGUCAUAAAGGCUGGCGUUGUGCCCAGAUUCACGCAAUUCCUGCAGAAGUACGACUUUCCGCAGCUUCAGUUCGAAGCAGCGUGGGCUUUGACCAAUAUCGCGUCGGGUACCUCGGACCACACCCGAGUGGUCAUUGAGCAUGGAGCAGUCCCUAUCUUCGUUCAGCUUCUUAGCUCUCCCAGUGAUGACGUCCGCGAGCAGGCUGUAUGGGCUCUUGGUAACAUCGCUGGCGACUCCCCCAAGUGCCGGGAUCUGGUUUUAAGCCACAACGCUAUGGGUCCGCUGCUUGCUCAGCUGAACGAGAAUUCGAAGCUGUCUAUGCUCCGGAAUGCUACCUGGACGCUGUCGAACUUUUGCCGUGGAAAGCCCCAGCCUCCGUUCGAGCAGUCGAAACCCGCUUUGCCGGUCCUCGAGCGCCUUAUCCACUCUACGGACGAAGAGGUUUUGACAGAUGCGUGCUGGGCUCUGUCCUAUCUGUCUGACGGAACGAACGACAAGAUCCAGGCUGUCAUUGAGGCGAAUGUUUGUCGGCGCCUGGUUGAGUUGCUGCUGCAUCCGUCACCUUCGGUUCUGAUCCCUGCUCUUCGGACUGUUGGCAACAUUGUCACAGGAGAUGAUGCUCAGACGCAGGUCAUCAUCGAGAACCAAGUUCUGCCGUGCCUGCUUGCCUUGCUCACAACGAACCACAAGAAAAGCAUUAAGAAAGAAGCGUGCUGGACAAUAUCCAAUAUCACUGCUGGCAAUAAGGAACAAAUUCAGGCUGUUAUUGAUGCAAAUAUUAUUCCUCCGUUGAAGCACCUGCUGGAGACUGCUGAAUUUGACAUCAAGAAGGAGGCAGCAUGGGCCAUUUCAAAUGCUACUUCUGGUGGCACUCAUGAUCAGAUCAGGUACCUUGUGUCCCAGGGAUGCAUUAAGCCUUUGUGUGAUCUGCUGCUCACGUCUGACGCGAGGAUCGUGACCGUGGCAUUGGAAGGCUUGGAGAACAUCCUGAAGGUCGGAGAGGCAGACAAGGAGCUGGGUCAGACUGGAGGGGUCAACCUUUAUGCGCAGUACAUUGACGAGGCUGAGGGCUUGGAGAAGAUUGAGAACCUGCAGACUCAUCAGAACAAUGACAUCUAUGAGAAGGCUGUGAAGAUACUGGAGACCUAUUUUGGUCUGGAUGAGGAUGAGGACCAACAACUCGCACCUCAAGUUGACGCCAACCAGCAAACUUAUGCCUUUGGAGAAAGCCAGCCGAUGGCUCCCAGUGGCGGAUUCAACUUCGGUUGAGUCUUUUUUAUUACGGAUUUUGGGGUUGGAAAAGAUGUGAACUGCAGUUGGCUUUGGUUGGGCUUCAUGGAUCAACAUCCCCUCCUUAGUUUAAAACAUUUUCUCUUAGGGUCCAUCUGUUUGGGGUGCAUGAUUCAUUGGGGUCUGGGGUCUUGCAUUCUGCAUUUGACCUUUCGGUCUGGGUUCUGUCAUGGUUCUUUCUGACUAUCACCGGAUGUUAGUCAUCUUGUGCCAUGUCGCUAUAUCUGAUGUGUUAGCAGACUAGCUUGGAUGGUGUUUAUUCUGGUAUGGUUAUGACUUAGUCAUGUGGGGAGAUAUUAUGUCAGCUAAGUGCGUUUUCU